UGGUUUAAUCCAGGUGAAAGUUCAUCAGUGUCUCGAACAUGAUGGCGGCUGCUGUGUUUUGGAGGAGCGGGGGACUUUUUAGAUCAGUGAGGACUUCACUUCACAGGUCCUGGCUCCACGGCUCGGCGGCGCUGCCUCAGCAGGCCGGCUCCGCGCUGCCGCAGUCGCGGUUCUUCCCGCCGCUCGAAGGCGUCAUGCUGCCGACGGGAAGCUUCAACAACAAGGUGGCCUUCAUCACAGGAGGGGGGACCGGACUGGGCCGAGCCAUGACCGCCACCCUGUCACAGCUGGGCGCGCAGUGUGUCAUCGCCAGCAGGAAGUUGGACGUCCUGCAGAAAACAGCUGAGGAGAUCAGCAGCCAGACUGGCAACAAGGUCCAUGCAGUUCAGUGUGAUGUCAGAGAUCCUAAAGCCGUCGCUCAGUGCGUCGACCAGAUAGAAACUCUGGCGGGACUUCCUGAU